AGAGAGAAGGUGAGAGAAAGAAAAGUAAGAACUGGGACAUCGAAUUACGUCGCGAGAUUCCAGAUUAGGGUUUGUGAGUGUCUGACUCAUUUGCACAGGCGUACCCUCUCUUCGUUUUCUCGUUAGCUGGUAAGAUCCCGCACUCUCUCUGCGCUGCUUAAUCGCCCAUAAAUGUUUCUUCUCGAUUUGUGAAAAUAAAGGAUUCCUCACUGCAAUAUAGAUUUGGGGGGAAGAAGAAGACGAACAGGACGUGAUAGAGUUAGGGAAGUGCGAUGGACGAAGGCGAGGGAGGGUACGGUGAGAGUGGGGAUCCGAUGGAUCAGUUUCAUCGCAACGAAGCGAUAUCAGCUGUAGCUGAUGAUGGUUUCUUGGCCGAGGAGGACGACGAUUACGAGGACCUUUACAACGACGUUAAUGUUGGGGAAGGGUUUCUUCAGUCUUUAAGAAAAAACGAGGAUUCCGGGUUUCGGAAUGAGGAGGUUGAGGAGAAAAAGACUCAAUCAGUCGCGAUGCCGCCGGAAACUGGUGGCGUUUCUAUACCAGGUGUCGGUGUCGGUGGUGGUAGCAGUACUGGUGGCGAGGUCGCUGCCUCCGGGGUUAUGGAUGUCGCGCCCAGGGUUCCAGGGAGAGCAGAUGGGAUUCAAAAUCAAGGGUUUAGAGGGAGUGAGAUGGGUGUGAAAGGUAGUGGUGGAUCGGGUACCUCUAUGGGUGGUGGAGGUGGGAUGAGGGUUGAAUUAGGGCAACAACCGGGCAAGUUGAAUGAGAUAGAGGAGCAGAGUGCGAACAACAGUGUGGCAGUACAAGGCAUGGGGCAGCAACCUCAUGGCGGAGUUGUUGGGAAUGUGGGAAAUGAGAAUUUGAUGAGGCAAGGUGGUGGUGGAGGAAAUCUCAAUAGGGCUGGUGGCAAUGGGGUUGGAAAUAACGCGAGUGGUGUCACUGUUGUCAAUACUGGAGGAGGAACUGUUAUUCCGGCUGCUGGUGGUGGUGGUGGUGGUGGUGCUGGAAGUGGUGGUGGGGGAACCAUUUUAUUUGUUGGUGAUUUACACUGGUGGACUACUGAUGCUGAGUUGGAGGCAGAACUUUGUAAGUAUGGGCCAGUGAAGGAGGUGAAAUUUUUUGAUGAGAAGGCUAGUGGGAAGUCGAAAGGGUAUUGCCAGGUUGAAUUUUAUGAUCCUUCCGCUGCAUCUGCUUGUAAGGAAGGAAUGAAUGGGCAUAUGUUUAACGGGCGACCGUGUGUCGUUGCUUUUGCUUCUCCUUUUACUGUCAAGAGAAUGGGAGAGGCUCAGGUGAACAGGAAUCAACAGAUGGCCCAAUCUGCCGUUUCUCAGACAAGGAGAGGACCUGCUGAUUCCGGGGCUAAGACGGGUGGGAGUAACAUCACUACUGGUGGAAACUACCAAGGUGGAGAUGGCAACCGAGGCUAUGGAAGAGGUAACUGGGGAAGAGGGAAUAAUCCUGGGAUGGGAAAUAGGGGCCCUGUUAAUCCAAUGAGGAAUAGGGGUGGAAUGGGGGGUAGAGGUAUCAUGGGUAAUGGUGGGAAUGGAUUUGGACAAGGAAUUGGUGCCACCCCACCUCUGUUGCAUCCCCAGUCAAUGAUGAAUCAGGGUUUUGAUCCUGCAUUUGGUGGGCCUAUGGGUAGAAUGGGUGGCUAUGGAGGCUUUCCAGGUGGUCCAACUCCUCCAUUCUCUGGCAUUUUGCCUUCUUUCCCUGCAGUUGGCGGUGUUGGUUUGCCUGGAGUAGCACCUCAUGUUAAUCCAGCCUUUUUUGGAAGAGGGAUGCCCAUGAAUGGCAUGGGGAUGAUGUCCACUUCAACAGUUGAUGGGCCUAAUAUGGGAAUGUGGUCAGAUCCAAGUAUGGGUGGAUGGGGUGGUGAAGAGCAUGGUGGUGGGAGGGCUGGAGAGUCGAGUUAUGGGGAGGAAGCUGCGUCAGAACAUCAAUAUGGUGAGGUGAGUCAUGAUAGAGGCGGUUGGCCAAAUGCCAUGAGGGAAAAAGAUAGAGUAUCAGAAAGGGACUGGUCUGGCUCUUCUGAACGAAGGUACAAGGAUGAUAGAGAUCAAGGAUAUGAGAGAGAUGCACCUAGAGAGAAAGACAUGGGGCAAGACCAUGAAUGGUCUGAAAGAAGACACCGUGAUGAAAGAGAAGCAGGUCGUGAACGUGAUAGGGAGCGUGACCGUGAUCGUGAACGGUCUCGAGACCGUGACCGUGACCGUGAAAGGGAUCGGGAAAGAGACCGUGAUCGUGAUAGGUACAAGGAAGAAAGGGACAGAUAUGCUGACCAUCAUAGGUACAGAGAUCGUGAGGCAGACCAUGAGGAUGAGUGGGAACGGGGACGGUCAUCAAGGACUCACAGCAAGUCAAGAUUAUCACAAGAGGACGAUCAUCAUUCUAGAUCUAGGGAUGCUGAUUAUGGAAAGAGGAGACGUCUUACAUCUGAGUAACUUAAUAUGAUGCUUAAUAUUUCUAAUAUUUUUGGGAUAACUUUCCGUUGGGGAAGAAAAGAACAGAAGCUGAAAAUUAAGGAUUUGUCAUGGUUGGAUUGACUCUGGUUGCCCUCCUCUGGUCCAGAACUUGUUGAGCAGCUGUUUUGUUUCAAUCUAUUGUCCUUGUUACCUCUCAUCUGAAGCUUGCUUUGUACUUCUGUGAGAAAGGGACAAUUGUAUUGAGAAAGGAAGCUGUUCAUUCAAACUCUGGCUUGCUUUGGAGAUCAAGUGGGACCUUUUUGAGUGUGAAGAGACAAGUCAUGACAAUCCAUUGCCUACAUUGAAAAGUGGAACAUUUGCUAUGAAGUUAUUAGCUUUUGUUUUGGAUUUAUGUUUAGUUCAAAUGAUAAACCAACGUUGUUGAUGUAUUGGGUUGAACUUGUGGAAGUUUGAAAUGUGGUAGACUACUUUGAACUUGAUGUAUGACAUGUGGUAGACUAUUUAGAACUAUAUGUAUGAUUGAUGUAUUAGGGCUUAGCUGAGGAUGCUUGUAAUGUGCCUUUUCUGAUUUGCUGGCUGUUGUAUCAUUUCUUCCCAA